GGAGCCCGGGAGCGGCGGUGCGGGGCUUGCGGCCCUCGGCCGGGGGCGCCGUGUGAGCGCAAAGCCAGCACGGCCACCCGAGCCCCGGCCCCGGGGGUGUCGCAGCCCGGCCCGGGGUAUCACCCCUCGAGUGUGGAAACUGCGAGAGGGCGUGACUGUAGUUGCCGGUUCGGAUGUUACAAUAAAGACCUGCCGAAAGGCCGCGUAGUUCAGGUUCCUACAAGUCACGAAGGUUACUUCUACAGCUUCCGCUUUAUUUAGUGGUGGCCACAGAGCGUGUCUUCUGUGAGGGGUGGCAGUGGGUGCCUCCAGGUUUCGUGGCGCUGGGCCGUGGCACCGUUUGGCCCCUGUGCGGUCCCUGCCAGCGUGAGUCAGAGCUGUGCGCCGAGCUCUUGACUCCGAGACCUGAGCGAUGUUUCAUAACCUUGCUGCUGCUUCCAUAAAAGUACAAAUACGAUGCGCAGUCCUCUCGGGCUCCUUAGGGUUUGGAAGGAACUGACAGCCAAAGGGGUUUUGUCCUGUGGCUGCAGAAAUGGAUGCAGUAAACGGGUGUAGUGUUUGUGUGUAACUUACUGAGGCCUGUCGGCUUAUGAAUCCAUUAGAACUUUUAAUAAUGACAUAAGGAACAUAUCCCAGAUUCCAAGUUAUCAGAUGUGUCUGGCAUAGAUAAUAUAAGGAGGGAAAGAUUUUAAAGCAGCAUAAGAGACUUUUCAAAAGACUGUGCAAAUGUCUGCAGUGGGCCAGAUUUGGAACAAUGUGAAAGUUUAGCUUGUUUCAAUUCAUUUUGCCCAAAAGUAAUGCUUUAUUAGAAGUUUUACCUAGUUCUAUACCUAAAUUAAAAUUGUAGUGGUAUGUCUUGUGCUCAGUUCCUUUCUUCUCCAAGUUAACUCUUGUUGAAGCUUUUUAAUAGAUGUUAAAGUCUCAGUCAACAUACUGAGAAAUACUGUAUAGUUAAGCUAAAUAUAGUCUUGAAUUUUCUUGUACUGAUUCAUUUGAACCCGUAAUAUGCCAUUUAAAGUGGUCUUUCAUGUUAUUAUUCCUUAAUAAAAAGGAAAGAAGAGGAUAACAUAGGGUAAACGCACAGCUCCCUUGGAUCACAGUAGUUUGUAUGCAGUUUUUUUUUCCCACAGAACUAUUCAGCAGCCAAAAUUCUGAGCUGUUGUUCUUUUGUUUGUUUCAAUAACCUGAUAGUAGCUAGUUAUUUUUAGUAAUAGUUUAAGUUAAUCUUUUUCAAAGUUAUUCUUAUGUGAAGCAAAAUACAUAUAAUUCAGGGACGAAUGCAUAUUUUUUUCUGCUUCAGUAGCUAGAAGAAUUGGAUUUUUCCCAACUUAGAGUUUGUCAAAAGUCAGAAAGAAAAAGGACGGGAAAAAGCUUAUGACAAGUUACGUGUUUAAAAUAUUUUUUGUAAUGAUCUAGUGAUCUUAGUUAUAAAAAUAUUCUUGGGUAAUUAUAACUGGAGGAUCAGAAGAAAACCAGCACUAUGCUGUGGUUCAAAUAUUUUUAGCUUUUGGGCAGGCUGUUAAAGAGAUAGAUUGUGCAGUAGCUAAAGUUGUAAUUGAAAUGUUUUUCAAAGCAUUUGAUGAAGAAAAUACUAGUUUCCUAUGUUUCCUCAUCCCAUUUGUGAGUGAGAAUACCAGCACUAGCAAUGACAGGGAGAGCAUAUGAUGAGAUAUUUCUGACUUUCUCACAUGAAGCCUUAGAAAUUUGUAGUGACUGUCAUACAUAUGUUUUUGAUGUACAAGUUCAAGGAUUAUGUUGUGCUAGGUGGAAGGAGUGUUCUUCAUCAGUGACUUGGGCUGUUUCAAGCAUUUUUAUGGUCACAGGUAAAACAUUUAUGGAAGUGGUUUAAUGUUUUAAAUGUCCAUAUGAAACUGGUGAUGGUUUUAUGUAUUUGUUUGCACCUAAGGAGGUAGGUGGUGUCAGGUCAAGGUGAAAUAGCCAAAUGUUGAAUGUAGAACUUUGAUUGGAAGCUGACUGAAAAUAUUACUGUGGUUGCAAUUAAAGAAACUUUGGAGUUUUAAAAGUGCAUGGUAAAAUCCGAAACGUGUGAACUUCUAUCAGUUAUAUUAGCAAUAUUUAUUCAAAUAUUUAUUAUUGUAAUCUCUAGUCUAAAGUCCUGUUAAUGUAUGGCAUGCCUCAGAGGAGAUGCUGUUGUAUUGUGGGUAAACAUGUUUUAGUAGAAUUCUUGUUUAUUUACCACUUCCUAAAAUGUUUAUCUCUCUAUUAAAUACGAUUUUCUGUCCUUUGCUAAAUAUAUUUCCUGAGAUAUUGGAACUUUCUGUUGUGUUUGUUUGUUUUUUAUUUCCUUGAAAUAGGAGUUAAGAUGGAUGAAAUGUUUCAUUGGCCAUAGCAGCAGCAGGAUGUAUAAGAUCUGUAUCAGGCUGCCCUUUCAAAGAGUGCUACAUACACCAAGACAUGAGGUUCUGACAGUUCCUGCUCUUCUUCAGCUCAAUCAAAAUCGAACUGCUGGUGAAGAAAUAAGAUACUCUGACUGGCAAGAGACAAAGAUUUGCAGACUGUAAUGGGUGAGAUACAAGGAAGAAAUUGUGCUGAAGGAUGAAAAAGCAAGGACUACCUGGCCCCAAAUGAUGUCUUGACAUGAACAUUGUCGUAACUAUUAAAGGGCAUAAUGCAGAAUCCAUUAACAACUUCUGCAGGUGGUGUUUUUUUGCAUGCUAAUCCUGCAGAGAAACAUUGUGUCCAACAAAGUAUGCUGGGUCAGCAAAAGCAAGACACUUGUUCUGGAAAGACAGUAUCCACAGAUAAACAGAAAUCCCCUUCGGAUAUAAUACAAAGUUUUCAGAAGAAAAGUCAGUUUAGGACCAUUGCUCCAAAAAUGGUACCAAAAAUUUUAACAUCUGGAGUGGUUUCUUGUCUUCAGUCAUCUUUGCCUGAGCCAAUUACACCAAUUUCAGCUUCAGGUUCCAAGCCACUGGUGGUACCAGCUCAGAACUAUGCUGUCAUGCAGGUGGCUGCUCACAAGGGGACGUUUUCCCUGUUGGCUGUGCCGUGUGUUGCACCUGCCCUAACACAGCAAGUUCAGCAGUCAGCUGUGGCCCCUUCUGAAAACCUAAAGCUGCCCAUCCCCAGGUACCAAUCUGUAAGAAAUAAAUUGCUGAGUGACAAAAAACCAGCACAAAUCUCUGGUUUGAGUGCACGUAACAAGUUUCCUACCAAAGCACUAAUCUCAUCACAGACUUCCUCCAUGACUACUGUAACUGAAGACUGUCCUGAAGCUCAUUCUAGUUCAGAUUCAGCUGAGCAAGGGAUGAUAAGAGACUGUGACUCAGCUGAAAUUGGAGUUGCUACAUUAAUAAAGAAAAGCAAUUGUGGGGAAUCUGGAUCUCCUUUAAUGAACAAAACUGAAAUUGAUAGCAAUAGUAUUUCUGGACCAUGUGUAGUUGAAGACUCCCUAUCCAAGCCAGCAAGUACAACUAAUCCCCUGAAACUAAGUCUACACUCUGUGAAGACAGCAUCAGAAACCACAAGAGAGUCACUUAUGACAUCUGAGAAACUAAAGAAAAAACCUACAAAUUCUGCAAAUCCUGUUGCUGUCUUGUCACCAGCAGUUUUUUGCAGUACAAUUCAGAUGACUCCGUCAGCACCAAAAGGAAAACUUCCUAUUUUGCCUUACUCAAGGAUGAAAAAUUCAGUAUUCUGUAAAUCCAAGGUGAAUACUAAUGUUAUGGAUAUAUCUGGUCAUUCACUAAAAUCUGAGUGUGAAAAGAUACCAUCUUUGAUGAAAACCAAAGCCUUUGAUAAGCAAUUAGCUGUAUCAUUUACACAAGUACCCAAACAAACCACUCGAGAAAAUACCUUCUCUCCAUCCAGAAAAGUGGAUGAUGUCGACAGCCUUAAGAAAUUGAACAGUGCAGCCUCUAAAAGAAGAGGCAGGAAAAAAAGAGCCCCGGAUGAUUUAUUGGCAUUUCAGGCCAAGCGAAGGAAUAAAGCAGAAGCAGUGAAAAAAUACCGCAGUAUCAGACCAAAACCAGUGGUGGUUGCGCAGGCGCUUGCACCGCUGACUCCUGCAGCAAUCAUAGACACACCAUCUCAUGAGCAAGACUUACUUUUAAAUGGCUCACUCGCCAAUAAAUGUUUAAGUUCCAAGCAAAGUGAUGCUACAUCAGCUAAAUCAAGUGAUCUAAGUAGAAAUACAUGUUCAGCCACCCCUAAGCCGCUGCACAGAUGUCAUGUUUGUAACCACACGUUCCAGUUUAAGCACCAUCUCCAGGACCACAUGAACAUGCACACGAGCCGGCGGCUGUACAGCUGCAGGAUCUGCCGGAAGGCGUAUAUCCAUUCUGGGAGCCUCAGCACCCAUAUGAAGCUUCAUCACAACGAAGGCAAACCCAAAAAGCUGGUGUGCUGUGAAUUCUGUGCUAAAGUUUUUGGCCAUGCCGAAGUGUACUUUGGCCACCUCAGGGAAGUCCACAGGGUUGUUAUCAGCACAGAGCCCUCUACUAGUGAGCAACAGAUGCAAGAUACUUUAAAGAAGAGAGACAGGAAUAUAAAAGCGGCAGAAGAAGCUACAGAGAGGGGAAAUAAGUGCAAUUUUGAGGACCUAUUCCAUAACCCGGGAGAAGUGAAAUUACAGGUCAAAUGUGGUCAAUGCCAGUUUAUUGCAGAGUCUUUUGGUGAAAUGAAGUUUCACUUACUGUGCUGCCAUGGAGAAGAGAUUCAGGGAAGAGUAAAGGAAGGGAUUUUGCAAGGAAACAGAGGAACAAGGGGGGAACUGGUGAAACACACAACCCACUUGUGGAAACAGCGCAGCGAGAGAAGACGUUUAGCAAAGUGCAGUGCCUGUCAGGAGGAGCUGUACACUGUUCCAAAACUGAAGAGACAGAUAAACUUCCACCAUCAAAAUAAUGUCAAUAUUUUACCUAAAAGUGAACUGACUCAGUCAGGAAGUAGUGAAGCCUCCAAGGAGAGGCAAAAUGUGGGGUUUGGUACACCAAGCAAAAAAAUAGAAUUUUGGUCUAAAGUGGGCUAUAACUGCAUUUUAUGCAAACGGUUAUUUGGAAGAAAAGAGGAUCUUUGUGAUCAUUGGCAGAGUCAUCAUAAUUGUGAAGACCCUUCCACUUUAUGGGCAAUUUUUACUUUGGUAUCAAAACAAGGAAUUAUUGAACUUUCUGAUAACGGUGAAUAUUGAAGCUUAACUCUACAAUGCUAUGAAAAGCAUUAACUACCUUACCAAAUUGUUUUUUCACUGUCUUGCUAAACUAACUCAACAGAAGUAUCAUUUCAAAGGUUUGUUAGUUGGGUUUGUUGGGGAUUUUUUAAAAAGUUAUACUAACCUUUAUUUUGGUGACUAGAAAAUGUAUUUAUUCAGUAUCAUUCCAGAUGGGUACAUGGAAUCUGAUUAUGAAUGAUUGUACUUAAAAUUCAUGCUUAAGGAACUUUAUAACAGCAAAUACUCAAUACUAAUGGUUAAUCUCAAGGAAAUAGAUUUGUAAAUUAAAUUAUACUGUACACACAAAAAUAAAUCAAUUUAUAUGUUGUAAUCUCAAUCUGGAAUGAAAUUACAAACCUGACUGGAAGUCAGGUCCCAACUAUGCUUCCAGAUUUUCUGGUAAAUGCAUAUUUCCAUACAGUUCUCUUGAUCAUUGGAAUGUGCUUACAUGCAGCUGGCACUCAGGAGCUUUAUAGUCUAUAAUUUAAGAACUUUUAAUUCUUGUUGUCUUGAUUUCAGUAUCUUCAACCAUGUUCAUUGCUUGCAGGUGUUUUUGUGUUCAGUUCUGUCCUGGUAACAGCAAAGAUCUCUGUAUUUUAGCAGUAAAACCUUUACAUGUAUUUUUUUGCCUGUAGCUUUUUGGGUCGAAGAUGAGUUGCCACGCAUUAAGAUGGAGCCCAGCACAUCUCCAGGGGACAGGUCCUGUCAGGCUGUCAGGGGAUGCAGUUCUGGAGCUUGGUUUUGAUGAAAAGGUCAUUGAAACCAUUGAAUCCAAUUUGAAAUUGGUGUAUAAACUGCUUAAAGCCUUAUGUACCUCUGAAUUAUUUUGGGAGCAAUAAUGGAGGCAGUCUUGAGAAAUCGCUGCAUCACUCUCCAGCAGAAGUCAGAGCAUGUCAGAGGGCAAGCUGAAAAAUACACCAGUACUAUCCUUGCAGUACUACUCUAUUCAUUCCUUCUUGUGGUCAGCUGUAGUUGAGGGACUGCAUUGAUGAAAGAGUCAUUCCUAAAAUAGCCUGAGUUGCCGCUCGCUGUUUUGCAAAAAUUAUGGUGAUGAAAACAUGAGAUCUAAAAAUGUUGGGCUUUCUGAGUAGGAUUCCAGAGGCUGUUGCAAUAUUUUGUGUAUAUGUUUUGUUUUUAAAAAGUAAACGCAAUUUUGAUGACCUAA